AUGCAGCUUCCACUGCUAGCACCAUUCACCAUCUUCAAACUUCUCAUACUAACACUACAACUACAAGCCAUUCCCAUUCUCACACUCUCUCCCUGCAAGAAUUCAUGUGGUAACAUUCCUAUAAACUACCCAUUUGGCUUAGAAGAUGGAUGCGGAGCACCCCAGUUCAGGCACAUGCUAAACUGCAGCACUGACUUAUUCUUUCAAACACCUUCAGGUGCUUACAAAGUUCAAUCCAUUGAUUAUGGCAAAAAAUCAAUGGUAAUCUAUGACCCGGCAAUGUCCACUUGCUCUAUUCUUCAGCCUCAUCACGAUUUUGUGAUGACUGAUGUUCAAUCAGCUAUAAUCCCACCUUCACAGGACACUGUUUUCGUGCUACUAAAUUGCUCUAUAGACUCUCCUGUUCUCAACCAUUACAAGUACUUAUGCUUUAACUUUGCUGGCCACACAUGUGACGAGCUUUAUGGGUCAUGCAAUGCUUUCAGGAUCUUCCAUUUGUUGACAAACAGCUCCCCACCUUGUUGUUUCACUAGUUAUAAUACAGUGAAGUUCAUGAGCAUGAACAUAUUGGACUGCACACACUAUACCAGUGUGUUCAACACUGAUAAUUUGAAGGUGUUGGCCCUUUGGACUGGGUUUAUGGGAUUAAGCUAUCUUUCAGUGUGCCAGAUACUGGAUGUGAAAGUUGCAAACAAUCUGGUGGGACCUGUGGGUUUGAUACUGAUACUGAAGGUUUGCUCUGUCUAUGCUCAAUUUCCACCAAUUCUACAAGGGAAUGUGAUGCUGGAAGCAUAAUAUCAAAAGGAAAGAGCCAUUCUUGUUUAACACA